AUGGUCGUACCAUUCGGCAUUUCGGUUGGCGACUUCAUUGCCGGCAUCAAGCUGCUGAAAAGUGUAGUUGAUUCUCUUUCCGAUGCGCGAGGUGCAAAGGCGGAUUACUCGGAGCUUCGACAGGCACUCGAUGUAUUAGAGAAGGCGCUGGAUGCGGCGGGUGAAUUUUCUGCACCGCAGCAUCAGAUUGCAGUGGGCGAUGAGGUAGCCAAUUGCAAAGAAAGCGCCCAGUUUCAGGACCGAAAGAUUGCAAAGUCCACCAGGGCAGAUGUUCACAGCCUCGCCACCAGAUUGGACGACAGUACGCAGCUGCAAGAAAGUUUCAGUGAGGAAAUGAAGAAUUUACAUAAUGCACAACAGCAUUCCUUGGCCGAUGUGCAAGCCUGUACGGCUUCGAGUAGCCAAGCCAUCUCGACGCUUUCAUCUCAAAUGGACGAGAUACAAAGGCAAAUGAAACAUGGCUUGUCGCCAGAUAUGCAGCAUACCAUGUUUCGCCUUCUUCAAGAAGUUCUGGCUGAUAAAGACGCGAUGAAGAGAACAAUGGAUCAAUUAGUCGUGCAACAGAAGAGCAUUCAGACUCACCUGGUCGAGGUGAAAGGAAUGGUACAAGCACACGAGGAGAUACCAGCGCAAAUCUUGUUACGAAGACCCAUCAUUCUGAUCGAUGCUUUCGACGAAAAUAGGUUACCAUUCCACCUCGAUUUCAUAAACUCUUUCGAGGCCUUAUUCGCAGUGCUCGAGAUACGCUUCAAGGAGAAAGGAUACCAUGCGUUGGUGAGGAUUCGGCGUCAACUCUUCGUCAUGUACGAGCAUUGUCAGCAGAAACAGAUCGACUUAAAUGGAGCAUGGGCAAAUGCCUUCAAGGUUCUGACCCCUGCUGGCCGAGCGCCGAUGAUAACAGCUAACGGAAAUCUCAGCCCGGACAAAUCGUAG